UUUGAUUCUUCUUCAUGGAUCAAUACAUGGGAUCGUCUUCACACUCUACGACAAUCAUUCAUUCGUGAUUCGGAUCGUUUACAGUCUGAAUCUUCAUUUUUAUCAUUGUUUAUUGUAUUUACAGGAUGUUUUUAUGGUUAUAUUGCAUAA